AUGCCGCCUCGCAGCAGGACGCUCGACCUUCCCGUCGCGGUCAACGAGUCGAUUUCGCUUGACCUCGACCCUCUCCCUCCUGCAGAGGAUAUCCAGGUCUUUUUGGAGGCGCUUGCCUACGAACGUCCUCCAUCCAAGUACUGGUCUCGCCUCGCAACUCAGCUUUCCAUCGAGAACCGUAUUCCGGAAGCCAUCCAGGUCUGCGCCCAAGGCGUUCAAGUACUCGCCCCUCACAAGCCUGCCGAGACCAUCCCGCUUCGUGGCCUCCUUGCCGCUCUUGCGCUCAAGAAUGCUAGAAAAUCGCCCAAGAUCAUUCUCAACGAUGCACGCUACCAGCGUCUUGCAAACCAGCAGGUCAAGGAUGCUUACUACAAAGAGUCUUCCGCCACUCAAUCCCAGGCCAACGUCCUGGACCCCAAGCAUCAUCUCAACCAGCUUUCCAGAGCCAUCUUUCUCACGACCACCGGCCAAAAUGAAGGCGCUCUAGUCCUUUUUGACGUUAUCCUCAACCAGCAUCCCAGACAUGCGCUCGCUCUGCUCGGAAAAGCUUGCAUCCUCUUGCGAAAACGUCAGUAUGCUCCCGCGCUCAAACUCUACCAGCACGCUCUCGAGGUCAGCAUCCUUGUCCAGCAGAAAGCCGACACCGACGCCGACAAGGCCACCACUCUCGGCUGGAGUGGACCUGACCCUCGUGUCGGUGUCGGUCUCUCUCUCUGGGGGCUCGGCCAUCACGAUGCUGCCAGAAAGGCGUGGAAGCGCGCCAUCCAAGUCAAUCCCAACAACGCCGCAGCUCACCUUCUUCUCGGAAUCACCAGUCUCAACUUGGUCAAGCAAACUGCCCGACUGGUUCCUGGCACCUUUGGCGCUCACGUCGAGAGAUCCGAGGACGAGGCUCGCGAGCUUGCUUACACUGAGGGCAUGUCCAGCCUGCAGGAAUGUUGGAAGCUCGACAAGAGCAACCCAACCGCCGCCAUCGUCAUGUGCGAGUACUUUAUCAACAAUGCUACUCAGACCAUUAACAAUCCAGGCCCUACUGCUCAGCUAGAGACGGCAGCCAUGGCUCACUAUGCUACCGCCUUCAAGCUUGCAGAGCAUGCCAUCCAGUAUGCUGAGACACGCAUCGGUGUCAACCACGCCCAGCUCGUCUAUGCUCGUGCUUAUCACCUCGCCUCGCAGCUUUCCAUCAAUGCCACUCUGCCCGAGCUUCGUCUCGAGGCGCAGCGGUACUACGCACGAGUUGUCGAUGACGUAACCCGAAUCCUUUCCUCAGGUGCUUCCGGGGCGAACACGGCAAACAACGCUCAGCUCCACCUCUACCUCUCUCUCGCCACGUUGGGCUUGGCUCAGUGUCAGAUUGCCAAUCGCGAUCCUCUAGCGGCAAUCAACACGCUCGAUGCACUCACCUCGAGGCCCGCCAACUCUGUCUCGUCUACGCAGACCAUUGAGCUUUCGCUCCUUGCCGCUAGUCUGCGCGCUCAGUCGCAUCCUGGUGCCACCGCCUCUGAGCGACAGGCGGAUGCAGAGCGCGCGCGUAUCAUUCUCGAUCGCGCAAUUCGUCUCAUCGAAGCCGCAAAGCUCGACGCUUACGGACCACAGGCUCUCUUUGGCCACCCAGACGAGUUCCCUUCUGGUGCGUCUGCUGCUACUUCGGCUGCUACUGCAGACUCCACGGCCGAUGUGCCUGCCGCCCUUGCCAAAGCAUCCUUGUCCAUCCGCACUGAAGACCUCUCCAAGACGGCGCUCGAGGCUAUCGCCAGUCUUGGAUCUGACCCUCUCACGCGCGUCGAGUUCGCCGAGCUACUCCAGACCGAAGACCUUGCUCGAGCUUCGACCGCCUAUGCAGAGGGCCUCGAGCUGGCCAAAGCCAAGGCAAGCACGCGUCAAAGCAAUCCCGAUUACAUGGACUCGGACGACGCUGCCACCGAUGUAGCUCUGGUGACGAGUCUCGAAACAUGCCUCGGCGCUGUGCUUGCUAUCCGUGCCACCGACAUUCCUUCCACUGAUGUGCAGCGCCAGGAGCAACGCUCUUGGUUGCUCGAACGAUCCCUGUCACUCCUUGAAUCAGCCGUCAACGCUGCUGCCAACGCUGUCAACACUUUUAGUGCUUCCGCCGCUUCUGGGCCCGCCACAACGGCUCGCCUCGAGGCGCAGAGGACCGUCGAUGCCGUCAAGCUCAUCGCUUCUUACAACCUCGGUCGUGCCAACGAGGCUGCCGGCAAUGUCGACGUUGCUCGUCAAGCUUACCAUUCACUUUUGAGCGCUCACCCCGAAUACACUGACGCCAAAGUUCGUCUUGCGAUCCUCAACGUCACCAAGCCUGCGGCCACUGCGCCCGGUCCUGACUCUGUGGCCAAAUUCAAAGCGCUGCGCGACACCACCAAUGCUCUGUUGAAGGAGGCACUCGACUCGGACCCAGGAAACCUCGAUACUCGCUCCACCUACGUCUGCUUCCUCGCUGGCGAAUUCGCGGGCAGCCCUACACCUUCGUGGGUGGCCAUCAAGGAGUUUACUGCUCAGCUCUUUUCGAGUUCUUCCAAAUCCGCUGUUGAAAGCGGUCGUCGUGACGCUCAUACGCUUUCAUCGCUCGGCUGGACCUACUAUCAGCUCGCGGUGCAUGCUGCUGGCGCGUCAGCCAAGGCGGACCGCAGCAAAAACAUGAUGCGAGCUACCGAUCUCAUGGACAAGGCGCUUGCAGCCGAUCCACGCUGCGCCUUCGCCGCUCAGGGUAUGGCGAUCCUGCUCGUCGAAGACGCGUUUGCCGAGACGGUGGGGGGCACUUCGCUUACACUUCCUACGCUAGGAGGGGCGCCGGAAGAGCGAAGGAAGAAGAAUGCCGACGAAGCGCUUGCGAUUCUAUCCAAGCUGCGCGAGAUGAAGGACGAUGGAAGCGUUCAUGUUUGCAUCGGCCAUGUUCUCAUGCAGAAGGACGAGUUCGAGCGUGCACACAAGUCGUACGAGCUAGCUUCCAAGCGUUUUUUCAACGAAACCAAUGCUGCUGUGAUUCAGUACGUGGCGAGGGCCGAAUACGCGAUCGGGAUGAAGACCAAGUCGUUCGGCAGUCUGCAGAGCUCUCUGGCGCAUCUUGAACAGGCUCGUGAUCUUGUCAUCAGGGAGCGUGGCCCUGAACACCCCGAGUGUCGUCAGAUCGAGUACAACUAUGCGGUGACUGCACAAAAGGGUCUGCAGAUGCUAUUUGACCUGCAAAAGGAUCGCAAGACGGCCGAAGCGCUGCGUGAGGCCAUCACGGCUGUGCAGCGUGUUCAGCCGCUGCUUGUUGCACCUGUCGAUGCGAGUGCACCUCAACAAACACCGUUGGGCAAGGAAGGUGUGUUGCUCGACGCGGCCAAGCGCGGUCAACUGCUGUGGAUGUCAGCCGAGGUGGUCGAGCAGCGAGGCAAGUACGGCGCCUCGUCCUUGCUUCAACGAGCCGCUCAGGCCCUCGCUGACCAAGAAAGCUACGAAGCCGAGAUACGCAAGCAGAAAGAGGCGGUUGCAGCUGCACGUAGAGAGAAGGAACUCGUUCGUGAGCAGGAACGCAUCCGCAAACAGGAAGAGUACCGUGCGCAGAUCGAGCAGAUGGCUGAAAAGCGUAAAGCACUGCGUGAAGAAGCGGCCAAGAUCGAGUACCUUCGUGAAACCACGCCGGAGAAGGAGCCCAGACGCCGAGCCAAGCGGGACGACGUCACUUCGGGCGAAGAGGAUGCGCCCGAUGCGAUGGCUGAGAAGGGCAAGAAGCGAAAACGUGGUGGUGCGGGUGGCAAGAAGAAGAAGGGAGCAAAGAAGAAGCUGGACAUGAUCGAGAGUGACGAGAACGACGAUAGCGAGGACGAAGGUCUCUUUGGUGGUGCGGACAGUGGAAGCGAAAGCAGCGAUGCAAACGACGACGAGGAUGGCGAUGACGAAAUCAUCCGAAACGGUGCCAAGAUGCUUGCUGAACAAGGCCAAGGUGAGACUAGCACCACUCGCAGCGGCAAAUUGUCCAAGCUUUCGAAGCUUGCCAAGUCGAAAACCAAGUCUCGUAAAUCCUCGUCCAAGUCGGAAGCGAAGAAGAAGCGUAAGAGUCUCAAGCGGGCCAAAGCGCGCGACACGGACGACGACGACGAUCUUGAUGAGGCAGAUGCAGAUGCCGGCUUGGAUGGGCACGACACCGAUGCCGACGCGGUGCGAACGCAAAGGAGCCGAAAGGGUGUAUUUGACGAGAGCAGCGACGAGGAUGACGACGAGGUGGACAAGAGAAAGUCUUCGGCAAAGAGGACCAAGAAGGCCCGUGUGACCAACGAUAUGAUUGACAGUGACGAGGAGAUGGCGCUUCUCAACAUGGAGUAG